GCCGCGGCCAAGUCCGCCUUCUCCAAGUUCGAUGGCUCCCUCCAGAUCGACAUCAUCAUCAACAACGCCGGCUCGCCCGCAACGACAUGAUCCCCAACGUCAAGGUUGAUGAUUUCACAGAAACCUACCGCGUCAACGUUCUCGGCCCCUUGCUUCUAGUCCAAGCAGCCCAGCCUUACCUCCCCAAAGACCGCUCCGGUCGCAUCGUCAAUAUCUCCUCCGUCUCCUCGUCCACAGGCUUCGUAGGCCAGUCCGUCUACGGCGGCUCCAAGGCCGCCAUCGAGGCCAUGACCCGCACCUGGAGUCGUGAGCUAGCUGAGAACUGCACAGUCAACGCUGUCAACCCGGGCCCCGUGGAGGGACCGAUGUACGCGUCCAACUCGGAGGAGUUCCUGGAGGGCAUCGAGGGGUGGAUCAAGCACACGCCGCUGAUGAAGGCGCGGGAGGAUCUGCAUGGCAAGGAGGCUGUCGAGGAGGCGAAGCAGUGGCAUGGCAGGCUGGCGAAGACGGGGGAGAUUGCGGGUGUGGUGGGCAUGUUGUGUGGUGAGGAGGCGGGGUGGUGUACGGGACAGGUUGUUUGUGCUAAUGGGGGGAUGUUGAUGUUGCAUUGAAGGGUUUAUGAAGGCGGAAGGAAGCCGUCCAUGGCUGUUGUCCAGGACCUUGACAUUUCAUAGACUUGACAUAAGCGUCCAGUAUUCAUGAAUUCGGUAAUCCGAGACAUUUCUUGACGUGGUGUUUAGAUUCCGGUCUCAGAGUCCUGUUGCCCAUGGUCGUGAAUUCGUGAAGAUGGAGGAAGAUGAAAAGGGGAGUUUGUUUGUUUUCCUCAGGGGUCAAGGCUCAAGCAGUUGGCGGAUAGCAACCGAGUUACAGUGGACUGGGGACCGCUGAGUGAUAGGCGCAAAAGUGGGGCCCAACUUUC